GAAUCAAGGUGUGCAUUCUUUUAGGGGGCUUCGACAUGUCGCAGAAGCAGCUGCGGAAGCUCCGUGAGCUUCGAAAAGCGCCAGAGGAUCCACCGGAGAAUCAACAGGUUGAGGCUGUGAACGAAGACUUGGAGUCCAGCGAUGAUCAAGCAACUGGAGCUCACAAAGGCUUCCACGCUCUUGCGAGCUCCUCUAGUAGCUCUGAAGCUGGCGAGGUGCCAUCCACCGAGACACUGACGCGGAAAGCCCGAAGAAAGAAACGUCGCGAUAUCACGAAUGACAAGAGACCGCCGAAGAUGAAAUCUUCUGGAGAUGAUUCAGAUGAUUUUUUGGCCGGUCUAGAGGAUACAGCGCCAAGCAAUGAAGUGGAGAGUCAGCCGAAUCAAUCUACGGGAAGCCCCUUGAAUCCACUGGCCAUGAGGCGCCAGGACUUCUCCGGUGAAGCGGAGCGGCUGCGCGUCUUCGGCCGCGUGGGGCUUCGCGACAGCCGCCGGAAGGGGCCUCGCCGCGCACGGGGUCAGGGAGAAGGCAAGACACUGCACCACCGGAGGCUGUUCCUGGUAUCUUUAGAAGCGAAUGAACCAUGGCCCAAACCUGAUGACACAAGUCAGAUGGUGCUUGUUCUUUCGGAAGAUGGAGCGGUGAGCUUUGACUUCAAGGAAAGUGAUGCGUCAACGCGGAGUUUAGAGAUGCUGCAAUCGGUGGUGAGCCAGGAAGAUCCAGAGUUGUUGCAGAGAUAUCUCCAACGUUCGCCCUUUUCUUUGGAGGGUUUGCUGGUGAUGGCUGAGGAUCAUCGUCGUCAAGGGGGAUAUGAUCAAGCCAGGGAACUCAUUCGACGGGCCAUCUACACAGUGGAAUGUGCAUUUGCUCCAGACUUUUCUCCCUUUGAAACUUUGGAUGUUGGAAGUCAGUCCAGCAGGCCACGGGUGAGGCUUCAAAUGCCAGACCGUUCUGCACCUUCUGCGCAUUCUGCGCAUUCUGCACUGGACUGGCCAGGUUGGAGUUGGUUACGGGCCCUGUGGAUGCACAUGCAUUGUUUGGCAGGGCAAGGCAUGCACCGAACCUCCUUGGAGGUUUGUAAGUUGCUGCUGGCUGCCACCUUACCUCAGGAUCCGCUGCGAGCAUUGCUGUGGCUGGAUCAUUUAUGUUUGAGAAGUCGGCAGUACAACACCAUCGCAGAUUUGAGUGUCUCUUUAACUCGCAUCUGUGGUCUCACUAGUCAGGGCUCUGAGGGCUCCGAGGGCUCCGAGGGCGCUGAAAUGAAAGAGACAUUGGAGUUGGCCUUUCCAAACUUUGCUUAUUCAGUGGGCCUGGCUGGGAUUCUGCAGCAAAGCCCAGAUAUGUCUUUGCUCAACCAUCUCACAUUGGAGAAUAUUCUGGAUGCUGAGGGUGCAGAAGAUUUGGAGGGGGACCUGCUCACCUUUGCCAGACUCAUGCGUGCCCUUCUCUACUUUCCAGGGGCUGUCAGGCCUUUGUUGGAGGAGGCAGCCGUGCAGUUGGACAGCCCCAAGGGCUCGGGCUCAGAGUGGAUUUCGCUGUUGACGCAGCCGCCCUUUGUGGAUGGCUUGACGUAUCGCCACGCGCAGCAUUCGGUGGCCCAGGGGCGGAUCUGUGCGGCCUAUGCAAAGCUCUGUGGGCCGCUGUGGAAAGACGAACCUGUGAAAGUGCUGCAUGCUUGCGCAGUGCGCUGGGUGAAACUGCACGAGAGUGCAAUUUUUCAGAAGGACAUCGUGGAUGCUCGACUUCGUUGGGCCAAUGCGACGUUUGCGUUCAGCGAGACGUUGCGUGACUAUGCGGAUGCAUUGCCGGAUGACGGUUUGGCAAAUCCUCCUGUGCCCCUUUUAUUAGAACAUGCGCUGUCGGCACGGUUGCAUCCAAAGAUAGAGCAACAAAUGGAAGACUUCGGUAUGUUCCGGAGGAUUGAUACGGUCCCGAACAUGUCAAUUUAUUCGCCUCCCCUGAUCCUAUUCUUUCAAUCUCUGAUGCCCUGGAGUGUUUUGGACCACAGUGGCGUCACUGCGACACCGCUGCUUUGGUCAGACAUUGGUCGAGGGCUAGCAACGGCUUUGAAGGACACAGGGCUCUUUGCCGUGGAAGUUCUGCUGGGUGUUUCCCAACUUCUGAGUUCUGCUGGCGCCAUGCUCCGGCAGCAUUUCCGGCCUCGCAGGGCCACAGACUGAUACAGAGACAGGCUGCGUUGCCAAGGGCUUCAAAGCCCUCGCGCUUUGUACAGAAAACACACGUGCAAAA